GGGGCUCUCGGGUUCUUGUCUGGCGACCCGUCGCCAUUACAGCACGCUUUGGAUUCUCGAUACAAAUUUCAGGCUAAAUCUUUCAAAUAGCGAGUUUUCCACUUUGUGGAAAACACUUAACGCUCUGUUAAGGCCCACUAGCUUUCCUUAACAAGCGAACUCCGUUAAAUUCGGGGGGUUUGACCCCGCGUGGCGAGCUUUCGUCCUUUCCUUUGACAGCGCAUAACUUGAGACGCCAAAUUCGUGUCUCUAUUUUUUCUUCUGGUUUGUUUUGUAGUCAAGAUGUCGCCGUGAUGGGGUCUCCGCGUUUGACAGAAAUGAAUCAGGGCCUUCGUCGCCUGACCCGCGCUCACUGCAACCCAUUUCCCGUUUUUGUUGUUGAUGCUAGAGAGCUCGGCGGCUCUCUUCACGGAGCUCUGCCUAAACACCGCUCACUGCACGGAGACGAACAUGGAGAAAAACCCCAACAGCAGCACCAAGGUUCCGCCCCGUUCCACUUCUACGGGUCCUACACCGGGCGAAUCUAAACCCAAAACAGAUGGUAAAAAUAAUGGCGGGUCGAAACGUUACAACCGUAAGCGUGAGCCCUCCUUUCCUAAAGCAGAAAGUUUUCCUGGUCCGCGUCGCACCAAUCCACAGAAAAGCAAAAAUUUUGACAAGAGACCCCCUCAGAGAGGUGGAGGACGACAGUAUGGAGCUGCAGGUGGAGGACGACGUGAGGAGGUAGCAGAGACACGCCGGGCCGAGUUUAGCCCGGCUCAGUUUGCUGGACCCAAGAAGAUAAGCUUGAACCACCUGCUAAACUUCACUUUUGAACCCCGUGGGGGUAAUGGUGGCAUCGGAGACGGAGGCCCCUCCUGUUGGGGUCGCCGUAACAAAUGGGGCCACAAGAACAAGCCUUUCAACAAGGAGCUUUUUCUGCAGGCCAAUUGUCAGUUUGUGGUGUCUGAUGACCAGGACUACAAGGCUCACUUCACUGAUCCAGACACUCUGGUCAACUGGGACUGUGUGCAGCAAGUUCGCAUCUAUAGCCAUGAGGUGCCGUCCUGCCCCAUCUGCCUGUACCCUCCUGUGGCAGCUCGCAUCACCCGGUGUGGACACAUCUUCUGCUGGCCGUGCAUGUUGCACUACCUGUCUCUUAGUGACAAGAGCUGGUCCAAGUGUCCCAUCUGCUACGAGGCCGUGCACACUGCAGACCUGAAGAGUGUGGUUGCUAUGGAGACACGGCAGUAUGUGGUUGGAGAUGUCAUCACCAUGCGCCUAAUGAGAAGAGAAAAGGGCGCUCUGGUGGCCAUGCCAAGCUCCCAGUGGGUGAAGGUGGAGGAGCCCGUUCGCUUUGAAGAUGCUUGUUUGAGCCCGUACUCCAAGCUGCUUCUCACCUCACCGGUGCAAGUUUUGAGCCUGGUCACAGAGGAGAAGGCGAUCCUGCAGGCUCAGCUGAGCCAGGAGGAGGAAGCUCAAGGCUGCUUCAUCCAGAAUGCUCUUUGUCUUUUGCAGGAGGAGGAAGAAAAACUCCUGAAGCAGCAAAUGGACACUGUCAAUACCCCUGUCUUUUCCUCUCUGUCUCUGAAUGAACCUCCUCCCCCUGUUGUUGAGGAAGUGGUCACUGUCAUCAGCAGUUCUAAGCCUGUACUGCAGUACUCCUCAGCAUUUGACGAUGAGGUGGAAGAGCUGACAGAAGAGACGCCUGCAGAGGUGCCAAACUUUCCAGAACCCACUCUGGAGAAUGAGCAGGAAGACCCUGCUGAGAGUGGGAUGGGUGCUGCCUGUGAGCCUCAGCUUGAUGUGGUGAUCCCAGCCAAUCAGGAAGAGUCUGUUCGCCCCUCAACCGGUGUGGUGCAUGGACCUUACUACUACUUCUACCAAGCUGAUGACUGCCAGCAGAUGUUUCUGCAUCCUCUGAAUGUUCGCUGUCUUAUACGUGAAUAUGGCAGCUUGGAGGCCUGUCCUGACUCCAUCACUGCCACUGUGGUGGAGAUAGUUGGACACACAGUCACUGAGGAUAUUCGUCGUCGGCAUCGCUAUCUGGCUCAUCUGCCGCUCACAUGUGAAUUCAGCAUUUGUGAGUUAGUUCUUGAGCCACCAGUCGUUUCCAAAGAGACUCUGGAUACAUUUGCAGAUGACUUGGAGAAAAGAAGGCGCAUGAGGCAGAAGAAAGUAAGGGACGAGAAACGCAGGGAGAAAAGAAUUGAAAUUGAGGAGAACAAGAAGCAGGGUAAAUAUCCAGAGGUGCACAUUGGACUGGAGAACCUCCAUCAUUUCCCAGCAUUUGGCUCUCCUCCUCACAACUUUAGUCCUCCCUUUCAGCCUGAUCUAAGUUUUGCCCCUCCAUCCCCCCUCAGCAGCAGCCCCCCCUCUGAUGGGAUGAGACUCCUGACUCCAAGCUUGCCCUCACAGACUGUGGGCAGCCUGGAGGAUGAUUCUCACUGCAUGUCUUUUGCACAGAUGUUAAGAGAUGGGAAAGCCAGAGUUGAUGCUGGACCCAGAAUUACCCCAAAGAAAGAUAAGCUGCUCGCCCCCCCAGCAGUGGACAGUGAUGGUGAGAGUGACGGAUCAGAGCGCGUUCCAGUUCCCAGCUUUCAGAAUUCCUUCUGCCAGGCUUUUGAGAAGGCUCUUCUGGAGUUGGACAACGGAACAGCUUCACCACCUCAAGCCGUGGUCGAACUCGAUGAAAAAGGUGGAAAGAAGAAAAAGAAAAAGCAGAAACUGCUGUUCAGCACUUCCAUGGUUCACACAAAAUAGGCAACACUGAAGUUCAUCCAUUCAUAUUGUUCACAGAGGGUGUUCCUUUGUUCAUUUAUUUCCCCAAUAUUUUUUGUCUGAGAGGGGGGUGUUAAUUCGUAGCUAAGAUUUUUGCUGCUGUAGCAUUGUUUCAUUGGCUUUCUUUUCAGUUUAUGGGUAUUUCAGCCCAUUGGUGUUCUUUUUUGGGUUAUUUUUUUUGGUCUAAGCUAGUGUGUCAUCCUCAUGUCAUGCUGAAGGCCUAUGGGUAACCAGUAGUUUCAAUACAAAGUAAAUAAAAAUACGCUGCCGGCGCUAACAGUUUAUGUGCUUCAAGCUUCAGAAUACUCUGAAUGUUACCAUUUUCACAGACUAACUAACCCCAGCACCACAUCUACAUGAUGUAACCUAAGGAAUAUUUUGCAGAAAUAUUACUUUAAAGGAUUUAAGGGUGCUUUUUACUCGAGUAGCAGUCAGCCAGCUGCACAAUGCACCUUUUAAAUCUCUCUGUGACAUUUAACCUCCACAGUAUCCGUUUGAAACACAACAUUGCAACACAAGCAAACAUGUGUUUUCAUGUUUAAAGAUCAUAGAUAACAACUUGGGUUUGCUCCCCAGUAAGCCAUGUUUGAAGCAAUGCAAAUGUUAAUGCUGCAGUAUUUUGCAACAAAUGCUUUUCUAGAAUAAAAGUAAAGCGAUGUAAUUCAUCAGGAUCCAUGUUCUGCUUGUUUAGAAUAAAAGCUCACUUUAUUUUUCA